UAUUGAAUGUGAAAUGAAAAAAAGAAAUCAAGUGCGCCAGAAUGUUGCUUCUUGUAUUUUUUUAAAUCUUUAAAAGAAAAACCUAUACAACCCACGGCAAAAAAAAUGGCUUUAAUUAAGAAGCCUAGCUAGGGUAGGUACAGAGAAUAAAGCUAUGUAUACAUAUAACCAUGACCAAUGACUACCUAAAGAUGCGUGUAUAUAAACAUGCAUAACGAAAUUCCAUACCUCCCUCACUGGUAGCAAUCUUUAUAAGUAGAGUCUCUAUCACAGAUAAUAAUCUGAGAAUCAAAGGAUGAGAACGAGGAGAAGAACAGAGGAAGAGAAUCAUCAAGAAUACAAGAAAGGGUUGUGGACAGUUGAAGAAGACAACAUUCUUAGGGACUAUGUCCUUACUCACGGCAAAGGCCAAUGGAACCGCAUCGUCAGGAAAACUGGGCUGAAGAGGUGUGGAAAGAGCUGUAGACUUAGAUGGAUAAAUUAUCUGAGCCCUAAUGUGAAUAAAGGUAAUUUCACUGAACAAGAAGAAGACCUCAUUAUUCGUCUCCACAAGCUACUUGGCAACAGAUGGUCUUUAAUAGCUAAAAGGGUACCUGGAAGGACAGAUAACCAAGUCAAGAAUCACUGGAACACUCAUCUCAGCAAAAAAAUCGUCGGGGAUUAUUCCUCCGCUGUCAAAACCACUGGAGAAGAAAACUAUCCACCGUCACUACUCAUCACCGCCGCAACAACUUCUGGUCAUCAUCAACAAGACAAAAUCUGUGACAAGAGUUUCGAGGGCCUCGUAUCUGCUUCGUACGAAAAUAAACAAAAAGCGGAUUUGACACAUACUAAUGAUUCGAGUCUCUACUUCAAAGAGAGGAACAACUUUGAUAGCAGUAACGCUUUCUGGUUUAAUGACGACGAUGAUUUUGAGAUGAAUUCAUUCGCUAUGAUGGAUUUUGCGUCCGGUGAUACUGGCUACUGCCUCUAGUUUUGAUAAUUUUGUGUGUUUAGUUGUCUUAAUUCUGGUUCACUAAGGUCUAAGGAUAUUAAUAUAUAUACGAUCUACGAGUGCUUCUUUA